GCAGCGGCAGCGGAAGCCAAACGGGUACGGGGUUCGGGAACCGAAGUCCGGGCUCCUGGGCGGCUAGCGAGUGAAGCGGCCAUGGCGACCACCGUCAGCACCCAGCGCGGCCCGGUGUACAUCGGCGAGCUGCCCCAGGAUUUCCUGCGCAUCACCCCCACCCAACAGCAGCAGCAGAUCCAGCUGGACGCCCAGGCUGCCCAGCAGCUGCAAUAUGGCGGAGCCUUGAACACGGUGGGCCGACUCAACAUCACUGUGGUGCAGGCCAAGUUGGCAAAGAACUAUGGUGUGACCCGGAUGGAUCCGUAUUGCCGUAUCCGGCUGGGCUACGCCGUGUACGAGACAGCCACUGCCCACAACGGCGCCAAGAACCCUCGGUGGAAUAAAGUGAUCCAGUGCACGGUGCCCCCGGGUGUGGACUCUUUUUACCUGGAGAUCUUUGAUGAGCGAGCCUUCUCCAUGGACGACCGCAUCGCUUGGACCCACAUCACCAUCCCCGAGUCACUUAAGCAAGGGAAGGUGGAGGACGAGUGGUACAGCCUGAGCGGCCGGCAGGGCGACGACAAGGAGGGCAUGAUCAACCUGGUCAUGUCCUAUUCGUCCCUGCCGACCGCCAUGAUGACGCAGCCUCAGCCUGUGGUCCUGAUGCCCACAGUGUACCAGCAAGGGGUCGGCUACGUGCCCAUCACAGGCAUGCCUGCGGUGUGCGGCCCGGGCGUGAUGCCCCUGGCCGUGGCCCCUCCGGUGGUCAGCCCGCAGCCCCUGUGCAGCGAGGAGGACCUGAAGGCCAUCCAGGACAUGUUCCCCAACAUGGACAGAGAGGUGAUUCGCUCGGUGCUGGAAGCCCAGAGGGGGAACCGGGAGGCCGCCAUCAACUCCCUGCUCCAGAUCGGGGAGGAGUCGUAGGCCUGGGGCCCUCACCGUCCCCCGGCCCCAGCCCCCAGGGAUCUGGAGAGAGGAAGAUGGCCCAGAAGCGAGCAUCCGUCCGUCCAUCUGUCCAUCCACGAGCGAGCCAGUGAGCGAGUGAGCGAUCGUCCUCUCUCCGUGUCCCCCCCACACACACACACUGUCGUGGUCACUGUUUGCAGAUGGGUUUGGGUUUCCCACCUCCCAGCGGCGGCGCCGUGCCAUUUGGCUGAGGUGGGAGAAACGUCAUCGUGUAUAUUUAUGCCCUUCCUCCCCCCUCGCCUGCCAGCAUGCCCUCCGCUCCCCCGCUGGGGCAUUCCGUUUCCACUUGCCCUGAGCCGGGGAGGAGGGCCUGCGCCGGUCCUGAUCCAGCCCCCCCGUGUCACCAGGCAUGCGGCCCCCCAUUGUAGGUGUACCCCGAGAGCAUGCUUCUCCCGAGCUUAAGAAUGGCUCUGGCCCUCGAAGCUCUCCCUCAGCUCGGCGCUCUUGAUGUUUCAUCCCGAGGGGGAGACUCCCCGUCCAUGCCGGCUUUGUCACGGGCCGUCCUGUUACUGUUCACUACUGACCCCGUCCAGGGAGCGGAGGGGAUGAGGAGGCGUCCGGGGGCAAACCAGCCCUAUUUAGAGAAAUAGAGGCCUUGCACUUUACCGUGCCCCCCUCGUCUGCCCCGUGUGCCCCCGCCACACCAGAGACUUCUGCCUGCCGCCAAUUUGUACCGCGUGUCAGCCAUCACCCUGGCGCGGGCGCUCCAUGUGUGCGCUGGUGAUUGCCCGGUGAGGACCAAAUGCUUGCCUUGGUCAGGGCAUUUGGGCCAGGGAAGGUGGCGCCCCUUUGGGGACAGAUUCUGGCCAGCUUCCCUUCCCUGAUAGUCAUCGCCAAAGGCGAGCCAGCGCCGCUGCUCUUCCUGGCUUCCCGCGAGCAGCCCCCAGGGCAGGCGGGCGGUGAUUGAGCAAGAAAGGGCAGCCCAUACUGGUACUGGAUGGAGCCUGCUGGCCCAAGCCGAGACACUGAGGGAAAAAAAAAACGGUAUCCUCGUGCCCCAUCGGUCUGUCUAAGUGGAGGGAUGGCGCUCCGGACCUUGGCCGCCUGCUCCAAGUUCUCCUGCGGGGUGACCCGAGCAAGUGCGAUAAUCAGCCGUGGGCCGGCAGCUCCAGCGCCCUCGCGCCUCCCUCCCCGGAGCUCCCGCUGCCGCCCUCUGGGGCUCCGUCCAGCUCGAUCAGAGAUCUUUGUUAGUGACUCGGAACGUGGGGGCCCGACCUUUCAGAGGAGUUUCUCAAUCAGGGAAUAGGGGAGGCAGAGGCAUGGUCAGGCUGGAAGGACGAGCCAUGGGCCCUCUCCGCGGCCCCGAGACGUGCUCCGCUGCCCAGGCCCAGGCUUUCCCCUCGGAUGUCACCAGGCGCUCCGGCCACCGGACGUCUGGGCGGCUCGUGCCCUGCGGCCGCUCUCCUCCCUGGCCAGCAGCGGCCUGGAGUGUGUGGCUAAAGCCAGGCCGCUGGAGGGCAUCCUUGGCUUCUUGUACUUCUAGCACCGGCCUGCGCCCGGCGGAGGAUAGAUGGCAGGAACGACCGGCUGUCGGCCCUUCUUUCACUUCCGUGGGAGUGUGGUGGGCGGCCGGAGGCUUUGCUGGCAGACUGCCUGGGGUGUCGGGCUCUCAUUCUGUAGUUUGGGUCCAGUGUCUGCAUUUUCUGCUUCAUAAAUAUCUUCUAAUUUAAUAAAUGGUCAUGUACGUGGAUAUUAAAACGGAUAAUCAGA